AUGGCUCCAAGCUUCCAAACUUUAUCAAUCCGGGAUGCGACCGCUCAGGUUGGCCGCCCCUUGUCGCACCUUGCAAAACGCAUCAAUAUUCCUUCAACACCAACAAGCCCGCCGGGCCUGUUACAAGCGAAUGCUGUCGAUCCCUGGAGACAAUCUGGCAAAUAUGGGCUAGGAUGGACAUACUUCGCCCUGAGCUUGUUGGCAUGUGUCCUCAUAGUCCGUAUUUGGCAUUACUGGCAGGACAAAAUCCGCCAGGCCAUUUACAAGCAAGAGGUUGAGGACCAGUACCGGAAUCUGUAUCACAUCGCAGCCGACUAUGCCUUCGCCGCACAAACCGGUCAGUCACAACAAUUCUUUCCCGACGGGCCCAGCCUGGGAAACAAACCGUUCAGGCCCAAGGCCCAUUUCUCGUCUGUGGGUAUUGUCAACGAUACUCUGGCUCUGUUCAGAUGGGUCUUCUACCGUCCCAUCCCAGACAUUGUAUGGGGGAAGAAUCGCCUUACGUUUUCAUCUCUGGCCGUGUUGGCCUGCGGCUUUAUUACCCUGGUCUUUGUCACUCUGUACUGCUUCCUCCAACAGCCGUUGUACUGGGAGAGUAUCAGGUUCGGCUCACCACCAGUAGCAAUCCGAUCAGGGGUGCUCGCAGUCGCCAUGACACCCUGGAUCAUCGUGACUAGUAUGAAAGCAAAUAUCCUUACCCUGAUCAUUGGCAUUGGACCAGACCGUCUCAACGUGUUCCAUCGAUGGUUGGGUUAUAUUUGUCUGUUCCUAUCGCUCGUUCACAUGAUUCCCUUCUACAUUCAACCUGUUUGGGAAGAUGAGGGGAUGACUGCUUUCAACCAAUUGUUCCCUGACGGCAGUGGCGUGAUAUACGGGACUGGAAUUGCCUGCCUUGUACCGUUGGUUUGGCUUUGUGUGGCAUCACUUCCUUGGAUCCGACGAGUUGCUUACGAGAUCUUUGUCAUUCUCCAUGUGCCAGCCGGUGUUGUAUAUGUUGGCCUCCUAUUCUGGCACACGAAGAACGCUCUCCUGACCUGGGACUACCUCUAUGCUACUAUUGCCAUAUGGGCGCUUGCCUACAUUAUGCGCGUUUUCAAACUUAACUGGCUGAAGCCGUGGCGCAACGCCUUCAUGGUUGGCGACGAAGCUGCCGUUUCUCUCAUUGCCGAAAACGCCAUCAAAAUCACGAUUCCUACUCAGAUGAGAUGGAAGCCUGGCCAAUACGUGUAUCUUCGAAUGCCCUGUAUAUCUCUUCUGGACAAUCACCCCUUUACCAUUUCGUCUCUUUGCAGCGAGGACUUUCCUUCCGAGUACGGCGAGAAUUACCGGGAUUGUGUUCUUGUUUUCAAGCCAUUCAAGGGCUUCACGCGCAAGGUCUUAGAUACAGCUAUUGCUAACGGACCGUUUCACACUUAUCGAGCCUUCUUGGACGGGCCUUACGGCGGCAUGCGCCGGGAACUUGCGGCCUUUGACACCUGUAUCCUAAUCGCCGGCGGCAGCGGAAUCACUUCGUUAAUGUCGCAGCUCCUCAACCUUAUUAAACGUAUGCGCGAUGGUAAAGCAAUAACCAGAAAAGUUGUCGUCCUUUGGGCAUUUAAGAGAUUCGAAGCUAUGGAUUGGUUUCGAGAAGAACUUCGGAUAUGUCGGGAAGCAGCACCCCCGGAGAGUGUCACCUGCAAGUUCUUUGUCACCAGAGCCGUUGACCACCGCAACGUUGGCGAAAUAACUGCUCCUAUUGAUGGGCAUAACUCACGAGUCCUCGACCAUACGUCGCUUGACAAGGUGGACGGAUUUGUGGCUGGUAUUGCUCCCAAGCAUGACUCGGUCCUCAUCCAAGCCGAGGCUGGAGGUAAUCCUGAGAAAGAGCGUGAGCUCCGUGAGGAAAACAAGGAUCGCAUCACUGCUCUUCCGCCGCAAAAGUAUCUCCAACCGUACCAACACCCUCAGGUUGUCCCGCCCUUGAAUCGCCUUGGACCCAAUGGGUACCCCGAAGAUAAGAAGGAACUCGACGUCAAACAACCGGAAGAAUUCCACAGCCCGCCCCUUGAUAAUGAAACCCCUCCACACUUUGACUACUCUCCCCUCAAUCCCAACAAACCUACUGUCGAUAUCUCGAAGGUCCAAGGGCCAUAUCCUGUACGUGCUCCCGAGCUCGCCCAUAUGCGGCACGCUACCAUUUUGGAGGGUGCCAGGAAACUGCCGACAUGUACUGUUGGUCCGCCAGCAGAGGGUGGCUUUGGUCUUCCCAAAAUCACGACUCAGUUCCGAAAGGAUUUGACGAGAUCAGCCACCCCUCCGCAGGAAAUCGACGGCGGCUGGUCAAUGGAGUACGGCCGCCCUGAUCUGGGACAGAUUCUCAAGGAGUGGGCGACAGGCGGCGCGGAUGGACGGGGCAUUUUAGGGAGAAGAACAGCCGUGUUUGUUUGUGGCCCUCCCUCGAUGAGAGUAGGCGUAGCGAAUACGGUGGCGAGAUUGCAGGCAGAGAUUUGGGGGGAUGAUGAGCUUGAGGAAAUUUUUCUCCACGCUGAGAACUAUGCCUUGUAA